AAAAUCAAAGCCCAAAAUUCAUAGAGCUCCACAUUUUGUGCACAAGAAUUUGAUUAGCAAAGCAUGUCAAUCCUGCCUUCAUCUCUCUCAAUGCCGCAAUCUCUGUCAUCGGCAAAAUCCCUCUCCGGCAACCCGAUAUGGGGCAAUUCACUUUGCCUCACCAACAAACUCUCGCACCUCUCCCUCAAAACGACGCCGAUUAGGAUGGGCGGCGGGCCCCGAACCUACCCGGGCGGCGUCUCCAAGUGGCAGUGGAAGCGGAUGCAGGCCAAGAAAGCGAAACAGCUGCUCAAAGCCCGUUUGGCCCGAGAACGCCAGAUUUACGAGAUGAGGAAGCGGGCCGAGCUCAAGGCCGCCGUCUCCGAGCUUGAGCGCCCCUGGGAGGCCGUCGAGAAGCCGCCCAAUUUGUUCUCCGUCAGCGCCGAUGACCAAUUGAAGGUCCUCGCGGAUAGGUUUCAGAAGCCCGGCGGCCUUGAUCUGUGGUCUGAGAGGGACGGCCCGGAAUUGUUCCGCGCCGAUAGUGACAUCCCCUCUUCCCGAUUUUUCCCCAAAGGGGUUUUUCAUAGCAUUCAGCCCUAUCGAAAAUUGGGGGAUUCGGAUUCUAUUGAAGAGGAUUUGGGGAUUAUUGAAGAUGGUAUGAAUAAAGGGGAAUUGGAGCCGAGAGUGGGAAGGUCGGAUGGGGAAAAUCGGAACGUGAAGGGGAAAUUGAGGAAGAAGGGAAAUAGGAACAUGUACAAGAGUGCUGAAUCAGAAAGAUUGAGUUUUGGAAAUUCUUCUAGGGAAUUUAGGAGUAGCAAUGGUGUAAAGAAGGGUCCGAAUGUGGAAUUUGAUAUGAGUUUGCAAAAUGAUGGGAGCUAUGGGUUUGAAGUGGGAAAGAUGAGGUAGAUAUGAUUGAGUUUUCUUGGUCAGGUAUCCAUUGUCUUCUUCCAUUUAGUAUAUAUGCAUAUUGAAUUGUAAGUACAUAUUUGAAUUUGAUGGUUUCCUUUUUUGUAGUUUGGACCAUUGAGUUUCUUCUUGGAGUGUGUGAGUGAUCAUAUUACUGGAUAGUAUAAGUCAACUUAAUCAA